AUGUUGGCCUUCGUAGGAAAACCACUGCUUAUUCAAGCAAAAAAAUCUUCGCUUUUAUAUUGGACACCAACGGUAACAGGUGGCAAAACGAUAAUUUCACUUGAAGCAAGGAAUAAAAAUAACGACCAUCAGAUUUGGGUGUUAAAGCCAAAACCUAAUACUGAUCAAGUCUCCAUCGUUAACCUAAGCCAAGGUGGAGGUGCUACUUUUCUUGCCGUUACAUACAAUCCGAACUCAACCAAUUUCUCCUUGGAAGAUUACGAACCGACAGCGAAAAAACAAAAAUUCACAGUUGCGCUUGACAAUACAUUUGCAACUUUUACUACUGUAAACGAUUCCAAAGAUGCGACUUCUUCCGAUGACAGUCUCAUUAGUGAUAGUACAAUCGGUGCAUAUGGAAGUGAUAAUAAUGAAUGGAAUUUAAUCCUAGUUGAUCCUUAG